AUGCCAAUGGAAAAAUAUGUUAUACGUCUUGAUAAAUCUAAUGAAAAAGAGACUCAAGAAUCUGAUGUAUUUGUCAGUUCCUUAGCUAUUAAACAACCUGAUUCAACUAAAAAACCUAAAUUAGAAUGGCUUACUAAAUCAAACUUACACUUCAACCCAUCUUUGACACAACAUAUUAAGAUUCGUGAGCAUAUUAAUGCUGCUAAAGAUAAAGAUAUAGGGCAGCAAAAUUUGUUUAGCACUCUUAAUAUUUUUCCUGAUCUUUGUAAUUUAAUAAAUUUUACACACUUAAAUUAUAAUGAAAUAACUUAUCGAAAUCCAUCUUGUACUAUUAAUCCACCUUAUCUUCACUUAGAAGAAAAUAAUGAGUUUGAUUCUACUAAUGAAGACAAUUAUGCUACGUAUCAAAAUCCUGUUACUGGACCUGAAGCAAUUUUAAAAGAUCUGGAAUUAUUUUGUAUUGCCAAAGGUCUUGAUUUAACCCGUUUAAUCCAUUUUGGUUCAGAUGGUGCAAGUAAUAUGACUGGUGCAAAAUUAAAACUGCACUAA